AUAGUAAACGCCAUUUAAAACAGUGAUUCACUUUGUAUUGCAUUUCUGUGAAUGAAUUGUAAACACAAUUCAAUCCAUUAGUAAAUCAAAUAAUAGUCGCCCGAAAACCCAUACACACGAUGUCUGUAUUAGUCUACGGCCAGGGCGUGCUCUACACGGUGACCCUGUUCAUCGUGCUAUGCAUAGCCCUAUUCUAUAUGCUAACGGGUAGGGGCCGUAGGGCUGGCGAUAUCGCGUGGCUUCUCGAGGGUAUAUCGCCGUACAUGUGGUGCGCGAUGGGCAUCGGACUGUCCAUAUCGUUGUCAGUGGUGGGCGCCGCUGUCGGCAUCUUCACGACGGGGGUGUCUAUAGUGGGCGGCGGUGUGAAGGCGCCCCGCAUUCGCACCAAGAACUUGGUGUCCAUCAUAUUCUGCGAGGCGGUCGCCAUUUACGGCAUCAUU